AUGGCACUGAGAGUGGAGCAGCCGAUCUUCAGCACGCGGGCCCAUGUCUUCCAGAUCGACCCCACUACCAAGAAGAACUGGGUUCCCACCAGUAAACAUGCCGUCACAGUCUCCUACUUCUUUGACAGUACCCGGAGCGUCUACCGUAUUAUAAGCCUAGAUGGGUCCAAGGCCAUCAUCAACAGCACGAUCACUCCCAACAUGACGUUCACCAAGACAUCCCAGAAGUUUGGCCAGUGGGCCGACAGCCGUGCAAACACCGUGUACGGGCUGGGCUUCUCCUCCGAGGGUCACCUGGUCAAGUUUGCAGAGAAGUUCCCCGAGUUCAAAGAGGCAGCCCGGCAAGCCAAGGAGAAGUCUCAGGAGAAAACCGAGCUCACCAGCACUCCCUCGCAGGAGUCGGCGAGCGGCGACCUCCAGUCCCCAAUGACCCCGGAGAGCAUCAAUGGCACAGAUGACGAGAGGGUCACGCCAGACGCGCCGCAACUCCCGGAACCCCGAGCAGAAACCCCCCAGUCACUGCCCUUCUCACACAGCUCGUCCAGCAUCAACAAGCACUGGGAGGCGGAGCUGGCGGCGCUGAAGGGGAACAACGCCAAGUUGACGGCGGCGCUGCUCGAGUCCACGGCCAAUGUGAAGCAGUGGAAGCAGCAGCUGGGGGCCUAUCAGGAGGAGGCGGAGAGACUGCACAAGCGGGUCACAGAGCUAGAGUGUGUCAGCGGUCAGACCACAGUGAUUAAAUCUCAGAAGACCGAACUCAACCAGACGAUAGAGGAGUUGGAGUCUGAGUUAAAGGCCAAGGAGGAGGAGCUGGAGAGGCUGAAGGCAGAAGUGGAGAGUGCCAACGAGUUCCAGACCCAGAAAGACUCGCUAGCACAGAAACUGAAGGACACCGAGUCGAGGAACCAGGUCCUUGAGGCUCAGCUGGGUGAGAUGGAGCAGCGUCUGGAGGGCAGUCAGCUGGAGAGGGAGGCCUUCCGCAAGAGCCUGCGCUCCCUCCUGGAGCUGCUGGACGGCAAGAUCUUCGAGCUGACCGAGCUCCGAGACAGCCUGGCCAAGCUCAUCGAGAGCAGCUAAAGGCCGGGCGCUGCCCCCUGGUGGAGCGUCCCCGACACUGCACCCUCGCCAUCGAUCCCCAACGCAGCAGUGUGGAGUUGUGCCGUGAGGCAACCGCCCCCGAAAUAUUUAAAUUGACAUAAAUACCACUCACCUGCAUUCUGCAUGCGGGCACUUGACCGGGAGGAGAAAAACACUCAUAUUGCUGGUGAAUGAAUAGCUUUCAUGCUCCGAUUUUUCAUAUAACGACACUGGUACUCCUGUAUAGAUACUUUUUGGGGGGGGGGUUACGUCCGUUAACGCACACACGCUCACGUCUCUUCACGUUUACACCGCUGGCCUCUGCCUUCCUCUUGCUCCCCUCGCUCCACGCGGGGCGGGAGCUCUGACGACACGUCCGCUAGUUGGUCGCCCCCAGGUUCUACGCUUCAUUUCUGGCUCGCAUUCCUUUUGAGAAGACACCUCCCUAAUCCUAAAAGAAAUGCUCUUUUUUUUUAAGGGGGUCAACCUUCCAUCACAAAAGCCUGGACAGCAAGACAACAGCUCUGAUUUUGUGCUUUUCUUUGGUGCGUUGUUCAGUCACCCAGUGUUGGUGACGUGUAUUUAUAUUUGUUGUCCUCCAAUCAUUCAGGUUUCUUUUUUUUCUUCUGUAUUCUCAUUAUUAAUAUUGUUAUUAUUAUAGCUCAUUUUGACAGGGAUGUCAUUGUCAGCCAAAUGAACAGUCAGAUUAGAUGAGAAAAGACUGCUUUCUAAGAAGGUCACCAGGACAUCUGAACUCUCGAGGUCACGGUUCAUUAAGGAAAUGACCUUUGUGUGACCUUGUGAAACUCGGUGUCACCCUUUUCAUUUUGAGAUGAGAAACUGGUUUCCCCCACAGGCGUGUGGGGCUAGAUCGUGCGUCUUUUAUCCACGACAGUAAAUGAGCAAUACUAAGAGAGCCCGUUUAGAAGUCAAACUCUUGAUCAGUCUCACUUUCAGGUAUUUAACUCCUCUUCUCGGACGCGUGAGACUGACCACCAAUCGAGGUGCUGCAGUCGUGCUUUAGCAGCGAGUGACGGUCUUGUUUGUUUCUACACACGGUUUUGUAUGAAUACUAAUAUAACAACUUUAUAGUGCACUUGUGAAAAUGGAAUUGUAUGUUUGGGUGAAUCCGUAGAGACGAUUUUUGUUUUAUUUUCCCUGUUGUUAUUGUUGCGACGAAGUGCAAUGAUUGAACCUAUGUUUUUUUUGUUAAUUUAUUAUCCAAGCUAUGUAUUGAUUAUGAUGAUUAUGAUAUGAAACAAAGAUGUUUUCUUUUCUUUGAACCUCAUGAUUUGUAUUAUAAUUUUUUUAUGUCUGGUAUGUGGGCGUCACGGCUGGUGUUUUCUUAGGUGUGGAAACUGGCAAUAUUUUUGAACUAUUACACAAAGGAAAUGGAAAUCGAGACAAAAAAUAACUUUUUUCCUUUUGCCAAAUAUGUUUUCCUGUACAGAAUAUUAAUUUUGCUGAUGUUGCCUUUGGUACAAAGAUGCAUCAAUGGUAGCUAACUACGGUACUUUGUGGGGUUUACUAUUGCCAAAAAUCUGUGAUAAUGUAAGAAAAAUAUAUUAUAUGUAUAUCUGAAGAACACUAUUUAAGGGCUUGUUGUUGGUUCUGGUAUAUUUGGGAGACACACAUGACCGCUCCGGUCGGCUUCAUCAUGACGUUUAAAUUAUGAACCGUAAAAUUAGUUUGAAAGGGAAUAACCUUUGAAUGAUUUUAAAUGUUGAUUAUACCACAUGCUUAAAACACAAUUUUCUGUUUCUAAUAAAAAACUAAAAUAAGAACGUAA